AUGCUACUGCUGAAUCAAACCGAGAUGACCCCAGCCUCAUUGAUUCUGAAUGGGAUCCCAGGCCUGGAAGACAUGCACGUCUGGAUUUCCUUCCCGUUCUGUUCCAUGUAUGCAGUGGCUAUGGUGGGGAACUGUGGCCUCCUCUACCUCAUCUUCUUUGAGGCCUCCCUUCACAGGUCCAUGUACUACUUCUUGGCUAUGUUGUCCUUUACCGACCUUGUGAUGUGCACUGCUUCAAUCUUCAAAACUCUCUGUAUCUUCUGGUCCUACCUUAAGGAAAUUAGUUUCACUGAUUGCCUGGUCCAGAUGCUCUUCAUUCACACUUUGACAGGGAUGGAGUCUGGGGUACUUAUGCUGAUGGCUUUGGACCGCUAUGUAGCAAUUUGCUAUCCUCUUCGCUAUUCUACCAUCCUCACCAACCCUGUCAUUGCAAAAGCUGGGUUUGCUACUUUCUUGAGAGCAGUGGUGCUCAUCAUUCCUUUGAUUUUCAUCACAAAGCAACUUCCCUACUGCAGAGGCAAUAUAAUAAACCAUACCUACUGUGACCAGUUACCUGUAGCCAAAGUCUCCUGUGGGAAUAUCAAGGUCAAUAUUGUCUAUGGUUUGAUGAUAGCCCUCUUGAUUGGGGGCUUUGACAUCCUGUGUAUCACAGUUUCCUACACCAUGAUCCUGAGGGCAGUGGUCAGCCUGUCCUCUGCAGACACUUGGCAGAAGAAGGCCUUCAGCACCUGCACUGCCCACAUCUGUGCCAUCGUUUUCUCCUAUGGUCCAGCCUUCUUUUGUUUCUUUUUAAACCGAUUUGGGGGCAACACCAUCCAUCCAUCUUGCCUCAUCAUUGUGGCUAAUAUUUACCUGCUUUUGCCUCCCACUAUGAACCCUGUUGUUUAUAGAGUGAAAACCAAGCAGAUACGAGACUGUGUCAUUAGGAUUCUUUCGGGGUCUAAGGAUGAAAAACAUAGUUGA